UUUAGUCGUCAAAAGGUUGCGAUCCAAAUGCUGAGCUCACGCGCCCGCAAGAAACCAGCCAAUCAACGAUGGCGAAUUAUCUAAUUUGAGGCGAUCUCAGCUGAUCAACGGCGCCCUUCGUGUCAAGCCUGAACAUUAACAUCACGGCGCCUGCGGAAGCUUGUGUUUCUUCUCAUUUGUGUUCACAUUCGCCAUCGACAAACGAUACUUUUCACAGCCGAUAUCCGACCUAUGGCAACAGCAUCGCCACAGCUCUACAUAUGUAAAUUCGACCGGCCGGAACCGAGCAUCAGACUUUACCCUCAACAUGGACGUUGAGUGUCAAUGCGGCACGGUUACGUUCAAGACCCCAGCACCAGAGCCCCUCGAUCUCUACUGCUGCCACUGCUCGCAAUGCCGCAAGCAAUCCGCUUCAGCAUUCGCUCGUCCCACAAAGAGCGGCGGGUACAUGGAUUGCUACUUCUGCCGGCUGUGCGGGACCCGAGUCUUUCAUCGCACCCACGAUGAGAAGGGAGUACCCAAAUCGACGGUCAGCAUCAAAGGAGGAUUGAUCUUGGGACUCAAGAUGGAUAGUGGAAAGCAUAUCUGGACGAGCAGAUCGGUAGUGAAGGUUCCUGAGGGUGCCGAGAAGUAUGAUGAAUCUCCGCCUACAACGCCCCACAGCAGCAAGGAUUCAAAAGCUUAGGAAACCCUAAGAGAAUGUCCACGGAUCUAGGGCACACAAGUUAUUGGCUGCUGGUUUUAUCGUCUUGUCGGGAAUAGAUUGGACGGUACACAAACAGGAUGCCGUGCAAUAUUGCUUAUGCACGCCCCUAUCAGUAAUCGUUUGAUUGCCUGUCCUUCAUCUUCUUACUCGCGGCCAUUACUUUAGAGAGGGCGUCAGAGUGCCUUAACACUUUAACGGUAAAGGCCGCAGCCAAUUUUGUUACUAGGCGGCCUUCGGAGACAAGGAGCAGAAGUCCAGAGUCUUUCGGACCGCACAACAGAGGGCCACUAGUGCAAAAGAUUCAUGGAUUUGCUUGCAAGGCAUCGCGGAGACAAGUAAACGCAGUUUAUGGCUCAAAAG